UUCAAUAGGUACCUACAUUUUUAUCUAUAUUGGUACUUAAUUAUAAUUCAUAUCAUGAUCUGAAAAGGUACUUUCGGAAUUUAUUGUUUUUAUCAAUCUGGGGUAUAAUACGUUUUAUCUUAUCAAAUUUAUUGUAUACCGGCAGCGUUUUACGGUAAAAAAAUGUGUUUUACUUUUGUGUACGUGUUCGAAAUGUGUCUGUAGAUUAAUCGUAAUUUAAUAUUUCUUUAAUAAAAAAUAUGUUCAAAUUGUUCUUUUGUGUUUAUCUUUUGGCAAUAGUGAGAUCUGAAGGUGAUGGAUUCGAAUUGAAUAUUCUACAUUACAAUGACUUUCACGCUAGGUUUGAAGAAACAAGCUUGUCCGGUGGGAUCUGCGAUAGGACUAGUGAGGACCCCUGCAUUGGUGGGUUUGCCCGCCUAGCCACUGUAGUCCGCCAAGCAAUGACGAGAGAACCACAUUCUUUACUCUUGAAUGGAGGCGACAGUUUCCAAGGGACCAUAUGGUACAAUAUCUUGAGAUGGAACGUCACGCAAGAGUUUAUGAAUAUGCUUCCGCAUGACGCUCAUGUUCUUGGCAAUCACGAAUUUGACAAUGGUAUCGAAGGAGCAGUGCCUUACAUAAAAGCCUUGAAUUCCACUGUGGUCACAGCUAAUAUAAUUGAUGACGAUGAACCAUCCAUUCAAGGGACGUACAAAUCAAGUACCAUCGUAGAAAGGAAUGGCACACAAAUUGGUAUUAUUGGAGUCAUCAUAGCUUCUACUAACGAAUUAGCUUCGACCGGCAAAUUAAGAUUCACCGAUGAAAUACAAGCAGUUAAAACUGAAGCGGAAAAAUUGAAUAACCAGGGAGUCAAAAUCAUCAUUGUUUUAUCUCACUGCGGUUUGGAUAUCGACAGAGAGAUAGCACUUCACGGAGGUCCAUACAUUGACAUCAUUGUAGGCGGACACAGCCACACGUUGCUAUUUAACGGGGAGCCACCCGAAACAUCUGCAUUUCAACCCCGAGGACCUUAUCCUGUGGUAGUGCGUCAAGGCGAAAAACCGGUUUUAAUUGUUCAAGCUGCAGCUCAUACUAUAUACUUGGGUGAGAUCAAAUUGUAUUUUGAUGAUGAUGGUAACCUUCUUGAUUGGUAUGGCCAUCCCCAUUACAUUGGAAGUGAAAUUGAACAAGCUCCCGAUGUGCUUGCAAAGAUCCAAGAAUAUCUUCCGUUGAUAGAGGAAGCUGCGAAUGCCGAAGUAGGCACAUCAUUAGUGUUUAUGGAUAGGAGUUGUGCGUGUAAGGAGUGCAACCUUGGAAGUUUCUUGUGCGAUGCUUUCAUGCAUUCAGUUAUGAACAGAUCGGAGGGAAACAAUUGGCAUUACGCACAUUUCUGUAUAAUGAACCAGGGUGGGAUUCGAGCUGCCAUCACUCCCGGACGUGUAAGCUAUGCAGAACUACUAGUUUCAUUACCAUUCGAAAACAAAGUAGAGACAUUUGAUUUGAGAGGUGAUCACAUAAUGGAAAUGCUGGAAUACUCAGUGGCUAACGUACCUUACGCCGGUGCCAGAAUGCUACAAGUAUCAGGGCUGCGUUCCGUGUUCGACGGCUCUCGUCCCGUUAACGAGAGAGUUAUCAACGUCGCCGUACGCUGCAUCGAAUGCGACGUACCUCGUUACGAACCGUUGCAACUAGACAAAUACUACAGAAUCGUAUCGCAGAGCUUCAUCGGUAGUGGCGGCGACGGAUUCUCAAUGAUAUCAAAUAACAGGAGAAACGUCACAGACAUCGGAUUAGACUACGAAGUGGUUAUGGACUAUUUUGCGCGUCAGUCGCCAGUGUUCAUCGAUGUAGAUGGACGGAUUCAAAUCACUGACCCCUGUAUAGUUUGAAACUGGGGCGAUAAUAUACCUUUUUUAUGAUGAAUAAAUCCUUUUCUACUAAAAAGAAGGUUACCUAAUUUAAUUUAAAAGCUUGUAAUUUUUUGCCCUCACACGUGUUCUCUCCUUC